AUGUCCCGUUGUUUGCCUUAUCGUGUUGAAUGUACAGAAAAAUGCCUUCAAGCUCAAAAUGAUGCACUUAAUUCGACAUUUUUUAUUCUAAGACAAACAGGUCCAACAGCUUUUGUUAUCAAAGAAGAUGAUGAACGAAUAUUUAAAGUAUUUUUAGGUGAUCCACAUAAAUGCACGUGUUCUAAAUUUCAACGUGAUCAUGAACUAUGCAAACAUAUAUGUUGGCUACUUUUAAAACGAUUCCGUGUUCCAAGAACUAAUCCGAUGCUAUGGCAGCAAGGUCUUGUCGAACGAGAAAUUAAUGAACUUCUUCGUGAAUUAACACGAGAGAAUGAUGAAAAAAAUAAAUCAAAUUCUAAUUAUAAAAUAAAAGAUGAAGAUGAAAAUGAUGCUGAUAGUAACGUUGAACAACGUCCUAUUAGUGAAAAUGACGUAUGUCCUAUAUGUCAAGAAGAAUUUCUUAGUAAAAAGUUGCCUAUUACUUAUUGUCGACAUGGUUGUGGUAAUAAUGUUCAUGUUAAGUGUAUGAAAAUAUGGCUUGAUCACCAGGUAUCAAUAGGUGAAAAAGCAAUUAAAUGUCCAUUAUGUCGAGAAACAUUUGGUACAUCUGAACAACUCAAACAAGAAUUUCAAACAAUUGGUGCUGAACGAGCUGAAAAAGCAUCCAUACAUUUAGGCUAUUCAUGUCAUCGUUGUCAUGCAUGUCCAAUCUCCGGCAAAUGUUAUAAAUGUACAACAUGUCAAGAUUAUUUUCUUUGUCAAACAUGUUUUAAUUUAAAUGUACAUAAUGAACAUAGUUUUGAUUAUCGAGAAAGAUCAUAUCAACGUUGGAAAAUAGCAAUACGUGAACAUCUAACAGCAUUGCCAAAUGCACUUCAUCGAAUGUUAGCAAAUAGAGAAAUAAAUGAAAAUGAUUAUGAUAUCUUGAUUCAACUUGAAAAUGCUCAAAAUGCUGCAGUGAUGGGUAUACCAGAGAACGUCGUAAAAUCAUUGCCGACUGAACGUAUAAAUGAACGUAGUCAUUUAUUAAAACAUGGAGAACAAUGUCGUUUAUGUUUAAGAUUGUAUCAAAUAGGUGAACGUGUUCGACGUUUACCAUGUCGACAUAAAUUUCAUAUUGAUUGCAUAGAUGGAUGGCUUUUACACAGUCAUUCAACUUGUCCAAUUGAUGGUCAACUUGUAUGGAGUAUUGAAAUCGAUAACGAACAACGAGCAGUAAAACGGUAA